AUGAAUUAGACAGAACAACAAGAGUAUAAUUAUGAUGCAUAAUAUUUGGAAAUAUUUGGUUGCAAUCAUACUACUAGAUAGAUGCAUUCUGAAAAAUUGAUUUGUCAAUAAUGUGGCAUAUUUAUCAAUAGUGUAAUGGAGUUGUUUUAAAUUAAAGUCAACCACAAGAGUCUUCAAAACAAUCAAAAUGAAGUAUAAUACCUUUUUCAAUCCCUUAAAGAUAUUGGGCAACAUCUUGGCUCCUUUGAAAAUAACUUAACAUUAAAUUGCCAGGUUGCCAAUAAUUGAUUUUUUAGAAUAAGCAUCUGAAAGAUUAAACUUAAGUACAAACACUACCUUUUUAGCAAUUACAUAUAUUGAUCACUUUUUAAAUAAAAUUAAUGUGAAUGAAAAAUAGAUAUUCUUAUAUGCUGCUGCUGCUCUUAUGUUGGCAGCAAAAGCUUAAGAACUUGAUGAGAGAAUACCUUUUAUUAGUAAACUCAAACGCUAUACUUCCAUGAUUUCUCAUCCUGAAAUCAAUAACUUCACAACCUAAGAAUUUUGCAAUGCUGAAAAAGCUUUAAUUGAAUCCUUAAAUUGGAAAUUAUAAAGAAUAACUCUCCUUGAUAGAAUUGAAUCUCUACUUUCCUUUGGUGUUAUUGAUGAUGAUGACAGUCUCUCUCAACCACCAUAAUAAAAGGAAAACAAGGAACAAAAACUAAAUCAUAUAAAAUUGAGAGAUCUAAAUGAUUAGUAAAUUAAUAACUAUGUAAAUGAAGUCGAAAACAAAUAUAUUGAAACUGCUUAUUCUGUGAUAAGAGGUAAAAUCAGUUAAAUAAGUAGAUGAUUAAAUUUAUUUUUCAAAUGAUCAAACUAUAUUAGCCUUGUCUUGUGUAGCCUUUCUAAGAAAAAAGGCUGGAUUAUUAAAUAUAUGGUCUUAAUAACUCUAAGCUUUGACUGGAGAAUCAGCAUAAAAAAUAUCAGCUACUGUAUCUUAGAUUAUGACUCUUACUCCUAAAGCUGUAAAUAAACCUCUUAUUAGUACUUAAUCUAGUUCAUAUUUAAGUAAUAAUUAAAAUUCAUCUACUUAAAACAAAAAUUCUUAUAUGAAAAAUAGACAAUAUUUAUUUGAAUCAAAUAAAUCAUCAACAGGUGAUAUCAUAUUACAAUAUAAUACAACUGCUAAAGCACAUUUAAAAGUUCCUUUAUUUCAAUCUUAAUCAACAAUGCAAUUAUCAUCAAAGGGUGAAAUCACAAAACCACAUUAAAUCAAUUAAAACAAAUAUUCUAGUAGAAAUAGUAAUUUUACUACUACAAAUAAUUAUACAUAUUUAUCUGAUAAUAUUGUUCAUCCCAAUUCAUAUAUUAAAAAUAGUGAUUUGGAUAAAAAAUAUGAAUAAAUUCAUAAAGUUGAGUCUAAAUUUAGAACUAAAAUAUUCAGUUGA